AUGGAGAACGAAAGCAAUUCAGGUAAGUAUCAUGUAAGCGAAUCUCUGGCGAAGACAACGUGGACGAGGAAGGAAGACAAACUCUUUGAGACGGCUUUGGUGGAUGUUCCGGAGAAUAUCGAGGGGCGGUGGCAAAAGAUAGCUGAUGCCGUUCCAGGUAAGACUGAAGAAGAGGUGAGGGUUCGCUACGAUGAGUUACUACACGAUUUGCAUGAGAUUGAAUCGGGUCGGGUUGAGUUGCCAAGAUAUGCAGACGAUGAUGAAGUAAUUAAGGAAUCAUUUGUAAGUUCGGAUUCUGAUCAGUACAGAAGCAGAAAAGUUGAUCAGAGGAAGAAAGGGACUUCCUGGACUGAAGAAGAACACAGGAAUUUCCUGAUGGGAUUGACCAGAUACGGAAAAGGUGAUUGGCGAAGCAUAUCAAGGAACUGCGUGGUCACGAGGACGCCAACACAAGUGGCCAGCCAUGCCCAGAAAUAUUUCCUCAGACAGAGUAAUUCGCUGACAAAAGAGAGGAAAAGAGCAAGCAUCCACGACAUAACCACCCCAGAUAACACCACAAUGGUGGUGCAGCCACUGCAGCAGCAGCCCGCAAACAUCUAUAGCGGCCAAGGCGGAGCACCACCCCAAAUGGGGUAUGAUAAUCAAAACUACCCUAAUUAA